GCAACUUUGCGUCUCUAGAAGUGUUGGUAAAGAGGCUUUGUAGGAUGCCGGCUGCCUCUAGCUGAGCUUCCUCCUCCUCCUCCUCCUCCUCUUCCUCCCUCUUCCUCCUCCAGUCCAAACAUGAACUCUUCUUCCAAUGUGAACCAAAGCAGCGGCGCCGCCACCUUUUGCCUGCUGGGCGCUGUGGGCUACUCCCACAGCCUGGAUACCUGCGUGCUGGAGGUGGUCGUCAUCCUCUUCCUCACCGUCCUCAUCAUCAGCGGUAACCUGGUGGUGAUCUUUGUCUUCCACUGCGCCCCCCUGCUGCACCACCACACCACCAGCCACUUCAUCCAGACCAUGGCCUACGCCGACCUGCUGGUGGGUGUCAGCUGCCUGGUGCCGUCGCUCUUCCUGCUUCACUACCUCCGAGACCUCAACGAGGAACUCACCUGCAAAGUUUUCGGCUACAUGGUGUCCGUGUUGAAGAGCGUCUCCAUGGCGUCGCUGGCGUGCAUCAGCGUCGACCGCUACAUCGCCAUUACCCGCCCGUUGUCGUACUCCACCUUGGUGACCGCGUGCCGCCUGCGGGUGUGCAUCGUCUUGAUCUGGGUUUACUCCGCCCUCAUCUUCCUGCCGUCCUUCUUCGGCUGGGGGAAACCGGGUUACCACGGCGACAUAUUCCAAUGGUGCGCCGACUCUUGGAAGACCAGUCCCGGUUUCAGCACCUUCAUCGUGGCCGUGCUGUACGCCCCGGCGGCGCUCACCGUCUGCUUCACCUACGGGAGUAUUUUCCGGAUCUGUCGACAGCACACCAGGGAGAUCACGCAGCGACACGCCCGCUUCAGCUCGCAACUGGACGGCGAGAAAGGCGAGCGAGGGGAGCGCUGCGAGGGCUGUCCGGACAAGCGCUACGCCAUGGUUCUGUUCCGCAUCACCAGCGUCUUCUACGUGCUGUGGAUGCCGUACAUCCUCUACUUCCUCCUUGAGAGCGCCGGGCUGUACCAACACAAGGUGGCGUCCUUCCUCACCACGUGGCUGGCAAUCAGCAACAGCUUCUGCAACUGCCUCAUCUACAGCCUGUCCAACAGCGUCUUCCGGAAAGGUCUGGGUCGCCUCUUCAGCCCAUUGUUCCCUUCGUGUCUGAGCUGCACGGACGCUAAAAAGGCCCCGGUGCCCGUCAGCCCCCGACCGGAUUCACGAUGCCAAGUAUGAGCGCUGUCCGCCAUGGAUUUGUUUGGUCGCUUUAGGAGUGCUUUACCGUCGGAUGCAUCGCACACGUCACAGGGGUUUUUGUCCCGCAACGACAUGCGUUGAGGACCCCUGCAGGACGGCGCAAGGAAGGCGCCCGUUGGUCGACUUGGAGGUUGAUUCAUGGAAACGAGGCUGAAGUUCCCU